AUGGCAGGAAGACCCAUUCGUCUGGCCUUGAACGUAGGGAAAACUUUGGCCCUUAGCCAUGUCAUGAUGGAAUAUGGUUGGUUCAUGGGCCCGGCGUCAGGGCCGUCCAUGCUUCCAACCUUGGAAGUCGCAGGUGAAUCCAUUCUCGUCGACCACCGUUCUCGGUGCGGCCGCAACGUACAUGUUGGCGAUUUGGUUCUUUUCAAGAUUCCAAUCUUCCCAGAAUCCGAUGGCAUCAAACGCGUGAUGGGCAUGCCAGGCGAUUACGUCCUGCUCGGCAGCCCUGAUGCAAAGACGCCGAAGAUGAUUCAGGUCCCUCAAGGUCAUUGCUGGGUUGUGGGUGAUAAUCUCGAAGCAUCUAGAGACUCGCGACUGUAUGGUCCGGUGCCUUUGGCUCUCAUUAGGGGCAAAGCUGUUGAGAAGCCAUGGUGGCUAUCCCUCUUCUCAUCCGGAGGGGCAGCCGGGAACGGGCUUCGCGAUGUUUAA